AUGCCCACUGAGCAUUCACCAACUCGCAGUGACAGAGAAGGUUAUCACGCCACUCAAAUGAGUGUGCCACAGAGCUCAGCAGCAAGCGGCAAUAUGACGCAGAACGAACACAUUAAUAAAAUCGCCAUACGAGCUCCGCCGUUCUGGCCCGAAGAACCGGAGCUAUGGUUCGCACAGCUAGAAGGCCAGUUCCUUCUAGGAGGCAUUACGCAGGACAGUACCAAGUAUGGGCAUGUAAUAGCCCAGCUUGAGACGCGCUACGCCAGGGAGGUGAAAGAUGUAAUAAUCAAUCCUCCCACGAACGAUAAAUAUGCCGCAAUUAAAAAUGCACUGAUAGAGCGGCUGUCCGCCUCACAGGAGCAGCGCACACGACAGUUGCUGGAGCAUGAGGAACUUGGAGAUCGAAAGCCGUCCCAGUUUUUGCGACAUCUUCGCACCCUGGCGGGCACUAUCGUGCCAGAGCAGCUACUACGAACGCUCUGGCUCGGUAGAUUACCAGCACAAAUGCAGGUCAUCCUCGCAACAAGAGCGCAAGAUCGACUCGAGGAGGUCGCCGAACAAGCCGAUCGCAUCCAGGAAGUAUUGUGA